ACUACGGUUCAUUCACGAGUAAUAAGACGAGUGAUGAACAUCCGUGGCGCACUGACGCACCAAGUUCAGCACCAAAACAAGCUCUCUGAGCCGCGCGCACACAGCGGAGUGACCGUUGUGGAGUACAGUACGAUGCAAGAAGGGGACGCCUGCUGACAGAAAGAAGCACGGCUGUGGAUAUUGGUCUUCCAUCACCUUUGGAUAACUUUGAAACGCUUUCUCUGGACGCUUCUGACGCACACCAACAAGGAGCUACAGGAGAACUCCCUGGGAGUGAAGAAGGAUUUAUACGAGAUUUCCCCCCCCUAAUUUGUUUACGGUGGUGUAAAUACUUUGGAAUAGAAAGGUUUUACUGCUUUAUUGGCUGGUGACGCGGCUGCAUAGGAGAAGCGAGAAGGAUGGCAGCCUGGUUCACCUUUACCAUCGCAUUCAGCACCACGUUGAUAUCACAGGUAUUUGGAUCCGGUGUUUUUGAGCUUGAUCUCCACGAAUUUAAAAAUCACAAAGGUUUGCUGGCAAACGGAAACGCGUGCAAACCCAACUGCAGGACUUAUUUUAGAAUUUGCUUGAAGAACUAUCAGGCUGUGGUCUCGCCAGGUGACUGCAUCUUUGGAAGUACAAUGACAGCAGUGCUGGGGACAAACUCUUUCAGCGCCAAGGACAGUGGCACUUUACCUAGACCGAUUCAGAUACCGUUCACCUUUGGAUGGCCGGGGUCAUUUUCAUUAAUAAUUGAAGCCUGGCAUUCACCUUAUGGAAGUCUACCUGUAGAUACAAACAACCCAGAGUGUUUGAUUAGCUUUAUGGCCAUCCAAAGACAGCUUGGUGUAGGAACUGAUUGGUCUCAGGAUACGCAGACUGGAAAGCAGACUGAGCUGAGAUAUGCUUACCGGUUCAUCUGCAACGAAAGUUACUAUGGAGAAAGUUGUUCCAAAAAAUGUGCACCCAGGGACGACCGAUUUGGCCACUACACCUGCAACCGUGACGGGCAGUUAUCCUGUCUGCCUGGCUGGAAGGGGAAAUACUGCGAAGAACCCAUCUGUCUGGAGGGCUGCAGCGAGAGGAACGGAAACUGCUCCAAACCUGGCGAGUGUGUAUGCAGAGAUGGCUGGAAGGGUACCUUCUGUGACGAGUGUAGGAAGUACCCGGCCUGCAAGCACGGUACCUGCCAGCUGCCAUGGCAGUGUAACUGUCAGGAGGGCUGGGGAGGCCUAUUAUGUGACCAAGACCUGAACUUCUGCACCCAUCACCAUCCCUGUGUGAAUGGCGCCACCUGUAUGAACACAGGGCAGGGCAGCUAUACGUGUACAUGUCUGCCAGGUUUCACAGGGGUCAACUGUGAGCUGGAGAUGCAGGAGUGUGACAGCAAACCCUGCAGGAAUGGAGGGAUAUGCACAAAUUUGGACAGUGGCUACAUGUGCGCAUGUCCCCAAGGUUUCGAGGGCUCCCACUGUGAGCACAGCCUGCUGACGUGCGCCGACUCGCCGUGUUUCCACAGCGGCAAAUGCUGGGAGAAGGACAAUGGCCGCAGCUACAUGUGCGAGUGUCCCCGCGGCUACACCGGACUCAACUGCGAGAAGAGAGUGGACAAGUGCACGUCGCUUCCCUGCGCUAAUGGUGGUCUGUGUCUGAUCCACGGUGGCAUGCGCGUGUGUAGCUGCCGUGCAGGAUUUACCGGCCAGCGCUGCGAAAUUAACAUCAACGAGUGUGCCGGUAACCCCUGCCUCAACGGAGGCACCUGCCAAGACCGAAUCAACGACUACACCUGCACCUGUCCCGCGGGCUACGGGGGCCGCAACUGCGACAGAGUCCUGGAUGAGUGUUCCCUUCGCCCAUGCCUCAACAGGGGCGUUUGCACUGGGGGCGGCGGGCCAGGCAAACCUCCAGCAACCUGCGUGUGCCCAUCAGGCUUCACCGGGCCGCGCUGCGAGUUCUUCGACGCCGUCACCUCUCCCGUGACCAACGGAGAGAUUCAAGACGGCUUCCAGUGGGCGGCCGUUUCUCUGGCUGUGGGGCUGGUGGCGCUGCUGGUGCUGCUGUGUAUGGUGGGCCUGGCUUUCAGGCACAUCCACAGGCAGGCCCAAAGAGAGAGGGGAGACACGGAGACUAUGAACAACUUGUCCAACGUUCAGAAGGACAACCUGAUCCCCGAGUCCCAGCUGAAAAACACCAACCAGAAAAUGAGCCUGGAGGUGGACUGUGAUUCCGAGAAAUCAAACUUUAUCCAUAAAAACUAUAUCUUGGACCCAUACAGCUCUAAAUCAAAGGAGUUCAAGGAUGAAAAGUCACAAGAGGAUAAAAGUCUUAUUUAUGACAAAUGUUUAGAAGACAAAAUGCCCUUGAGUAAAAUGUACAGUGAAAAGCCAGAGUGUAGGAUAUCAACGAUAUGUUCCUCAAGAGACUCCAUGUACCAGUCGGUAUUUGUUAUAGCAGAGGAGAGGAGGGAGUGCGUCAUAGCAACUGAGGUAUAAACUGAGGGGUCUGAAGGCGAGGGGAAAAAGGAAAAAGACACAAUCGAGGCAGAAUAAAAUAUUCUAGAUUGUUUACAAAUGCUCAGAAGAGACUGGAGAUUGUUUUAGAUGUCCACUGCUGCUCUGGAACACUUGAGAACUGAAGAGGGCAGAAACCUCUGCUCUUCAAAAAAAAGAAAAGAAAACGAGACAGAACAGAACUGAGAAACUUUAUGUUGACCGAGUGUUUGUAUUCAAAACAUGUACAGAGAAGGACCUCUCUCAGUUGUGACAACGGUUACACGGACUGGCGAAUAGACAAUGUGACAAGGUGUGAAGACUGACAGAGCAUCGGUGAAAUGUUAAUUUAUAAUCUCGGCCAUCCUGGACAGCAGAAAGAGGUGAAGGCGGAUCUUUGCCCCUCGUAUCUGGCCUUUUGUGAUAAUCAUGAUGACUUUGACAGCCAACCAAUCAGUUUAAAAAAAAAAAAAAAAAAAAGGUGCCUAAGAUUUGACCCCUUCAAAUCCCCCUCCCACACACUCACUUCUGCCAGCUUCGCCUGCUAUGCAAGACUCCGGGUCGAGACGAGUGAACUCGCCCACUGUCGCAAUCCAACCUCACAAACACUGAGAGUUAUGAAUGUCUGAAACUAAUCUUCAACUGUCAAUCACGUGAAAAUGACUGGUUGGACUUUUCCAUGCAACGGUGAAGAUUGUAUGCAGUCCAAAUUCACUAGAAGCCUUAAAAGAGGGGGUUUGAAUGCUAAAUUUGUGCCCUUGUCUGUUCUUGGAUCCUUUGCACUACAAAAGAAAAAUCGAGGAAAAUAGUUUUUAAUCAACAGGGAUUUGAAGAGAAAACCACAGGAGCGCAAUAGUCAGUGCUGUGCCAGCAAGAUCCAAGAGAAAGGAAAAGUUUGCAUAGAAAAGUGUUUUUUUUUUUUAUGCAAUCCAACUAAGAAAAACAAGGAGAAAAGACUGUCACACCACUGCCUGCCUAUAAAACAUUUACAAAAUACAGAACCAAUAAUGUAAUUUUUUUAAAUGAUUAUUUCCAGAGUUUAAUUUAAAUAUGACACACUGCUCUUUAUAUGUUUUAUAAUAUUAUUUUGUAUAUAAUGCAUAUUUAUAAGGACCAAACUUCUGAAGAAUAAAACUACCUUGAAAACUG